AUGGUAGACUCUUUUCCGGAUCUGUCAAUGGUGGCUUUUGCCAUAUCCCAUAUAUUUAGCCUCUUAAACAGUUGUGAAGCCAUAGAGUCAAAAAAUUACGCAGUAACAAAGGCUAUUGAUGCUAUCACAGAGCAACAAGUUGAAUUUCAUAUCAAUGCGUGUAAGUUUAUCGGAUGGAUGAAAACAUUAAAACAUCAUGCCAAAGAUAUUCAGAAUUAUGUAGAAUUCAAAGAUCAAGAAAACACUCUUGAAAACGAGCGUUCAAAACUGACCAUACUUUUAGACGAUUCUAAGGAGAUUAGAGCAUAUUGCCGAAUCUUGAAAAAUUCGUUUGAUCAGAUAAGAGAAUCUCUAUUAAAGAUACACAAAGAACUUUCCACGUAUGAAUAUUCACUUCCUGAUAGUGAAAUUGAGAGAAAAGCUAAGAAAAAAGAGCUAAAAGAUUUGAACAAAAUUUUUACAAUCAAGAAUACGGUGGCAGUUAUUCUUUUUUUGGUAUCAUUUGUGUUUAAUACAAUCCCAACUAUCUUUUAUUUAGCAUCGUUUGUAUUUAAUAAGGUACCAAAGUUGGAUUAUUUUCAUCUAUUUUCAUUUGUAUUUUUAGUAGCUGGGAUAUAUGUUUACUAUGGGGCAAAGUCAGAUAGAAAAAUAAUCCUUCAGAUCGAAGAUGAGUUGGACGUAAUGAAUGAAAUAUUAGACAAUAACCUUGAAAAUAUUAAGAUCUUAAAGAGAACUCUUUAUUCGAUUAUUCGGUGCAUUAUCGAGUUUGAAGUAAUUUGUGAAGUUCAAGAAAAUAGAAUUUCUUACCUAAUUCGAAAUUUAGAACUUAACGGAAAUCUAGACAAUGAUAAUUCAGUUCAUAUGACAAUCGCGCUAAUUAGAAUCAAAUGGUAUGGGGUAUGA